UAUCUAAACCAAAAGUCUUAAAAAUCACUUGUCUGCUGUUUAAUACAGCACUAGUAAAACGAUCUCGAACAAAAGAACCAACUUAAUAUAAUACCUUAUGUAAAUAUAGUUUUUGUAGAUAAAUAUAUUCAAGUGUAAGUCAAUUUUAAUUAGACAAUAAAUUUGCAUUUUGGUUGUUCCUUUAAAGACAAAAAAUGAUAAACAAAGGUGUGUUAAGACAAUUUUCAGCCGUCUUUGCUGGUUCACUGUCCAUAAUGACCGUAGGAAUCGUAGUCGGUUGGUCGUCGCCGAUCAUGGAAGAAUUGCUAGGGCCGAACAGCCCGAUCCCGAUGACCGUGGAGGAAAGUUCGUGGUUCGCGUCAUUGCACAACUGGGGGCUGAUGCUGGGAUCGAUACCGUCUGGUAUAAUGGCCGACCGGUGGGGUCGAAGACCUGUUCUGCUGUUCUUCGGGCCAAUCGCAUUAACCACAUGCGUGGCACUAUUAUUUAUUAACACGUAUGAAGGACUUUUAGCGGCGCGGCUAACAUUGGGCCUGGUUUCCGGUAGUGCAUACACGGUGGUGCCAUUGUACGUGGGCGAGAUCGCUGGCCCCGAAAUCCGAGGGACAUUGGGUGCCAUAUUCCAGAUAAUGUUAAACGUAGGCAUACUGUUCGUGUACGUGGCCGGCAUGUACCUGGACUACUGGCAGCUGACGUACGCGGCCAUGACAGGCCCAAUACUGUUCUGCGCGUUCUCCAUCGCAAUAACGGAGUCGCCUCAUUUCUACGUGAUGAAGAACAAGCUGCCCGAGGCGAAACGGACGUUGGCCUGGCUGCGCGGCGACGAAGAUGGUGGCAAAAAAGUGGACGAGGAGAUGGACGUCGUGGUCGAGUGCAUAUCCGAAGAAAUGCGCGACGCUUCUUUCACCGACCUGUUCACCGAUCGAGCAAACCUUCGAUCGCUGAUCAUCCUGCAGGUGCUGUCCGUGUUCCGGGUAAUGGCCGGCAUCCUGGUGAUCCAGUCGUACGCGUCAAUCACGUUCGACGAGAUGCACAUAGACGUGCCAGCCAAUAAACUGUCGCUGGUGUUCGCGUGCUCGUUGUUGUUCUCGUCCCUGCCGACCUUCUUUCUGUGCGACCGUGUGGGCCGCAGACCGCUGAUGAUCGCGUCGAGCGCGUUAUGCUUCGUAACGAACAUGAUCACGUGCGCGUACUUCUACACAGACCGGCACACCGAGUACGAUGUCACCGCAUAUGGAUGGCUGUGCGCGGCCACCAUAGGUAUACAGUGUUUUGCGUUCAACCUGGGCUUCGGCGCGCUUUACUCGACCAUCAACUGCGAGCUGUUUCCGUCCAACACCAGGUCGCUGGCCAACGCGCUCAACGCCAUCACGCUCACGUUCACGUCGUUUUCGGCUCUCAAGCUGUACCCCGUAAUCGCCAUGGACGGCGGCAUGUACCAUAACUUUUUCAUGUUUUCGAUGUUCAGCUUGUGCUCAACAGUGUUCUGUUGGCUAUGGCUGCCCGAGACCAAAGGCAAAUCGUUCGCUGUCAUACAGCAAGAGCUUAAGCUUAAGGAAACCACCAGUGCGAUGUGAAUGAAAUCGAACGCUUUCGGCAUCAUCGUUCGUUAUAAGUGUACAAUUACUUAUUUUUUAUACUACCUAGAGACCUAAACACACGUUCAACAAAAUCGAUCGGGUUUACCGUUAAUCAAGUAUGGUACCAGGAAUCCAAAUGUAAGUGUUUGUAGAGAGUUAACUGUUAUUAACUUUGUUAUUGUUAUUAAUAAAAUUGUAGAAUUAUUUUUAUAAUAAUGAUUAUUCUUUAGUAUUGUUUUAACUGUCAUCAGACCAUAACAGGCUUUUUAUUAUGUCUAAUCUAACUUUAGCGUUUUGGACAAUAUAAAUUUUUUUAAUUUAA